AUGGCGUGUUUCUGCAAGCAUCUUGAUCAACUGAUUGAUAACUUUGACCCGUCAUCCACCGCACGUUUCGCUUCCAAUCUAAACAAGCACCUCGAAGCGAUCCGCUCCAUCCUCGCCAAGAAUAAAUCCCUCUCUAAGGAGGUUCGGUACCAGGUUAUUCCGAGCAACCAACGCACUGCCAAGAUUCUUUCGCUUCAGUCCAUCACUUUCGACAGGGUUAGGAAACUACACGACACUCUUCAGAGCGACACCAAAGCCUUUUGGACUUCCAAAGAUGAUUCCCUGCUGCAGGAGCUGAGGAGACGAGUUGCGUGUGUGACAAUAUUCUUGAGAUCAAAGGUUAAUGAUGAUGCUUGGAUCGCCAACGACGUAGCUGCUGUUGUCAAGGGGAGGACACUAUCUGAGUUAAGAUAUGCGGGAAACAAGUAUAUCAAGAUUGCCAGAAAGCUUGGGGGAGUCGGUUCAAUUCUUUGGCUACCUUUGGAAGUACCUGCAUCAACAUAUGAGAGGUACCUGAAUAUGGAUGACACUGAAGCAUUCGAUCAUCUGCACAAUCUUGGGUCCGAGGCUCCCGAUUUGAACUAUUUCGUGCAGAGUCUAAUUACAGAGCAACUCAACGACUCUUCACUCAACCUAUCCUUCCGCAACCUUCUCUUAGAGUACGGAUACUGCUUUCUACCGUCUGAACAAGGCCUCCUCCUCCUCCACACGCUAGGAGGAACAGAAGUGCCGGUCGACCUUUUAAAAAGUGUCAAGAUACCAAUGAGACGCUGGACAAACGAAGGAGAGAUACAGAGUAUCAGUGCCAUCGACUUUGGGCUUAGCUCGGAUCUAGUUACUGUGCUGUCCAGCGAUGAUGCCGUGUCACAACUCCAACAAAGGCCAGAAGUAACCCAAAAACCCUUGGAAGAUGGUGCAGUCACCUUGUCACUUCAUCCCCAAGCAAAAGAAACGAUUGCCAGUCGUUUAUCACCACAAGCAGUAGAAGAUUGGGAAACAACAGCUCUUAGACUAAUAUGUUUCGCCUGCCCUCCCUGCUAUGAAGGAAAAGUCAACUGGUCACUUCCCACGAAGAAAUCAAUCUGGGCUCUCCUCGACAAACUGACUUCCCAAAAAAGGAUCACAACAUCACUGAGAACAUGCGUCAUCGAGGCCCUCCUCUACUUCUGCGAACGUGACCUCUUUAGCAUUCGUCUCGCUGCUAUCCAACGCGCAAAGACCCUCGUCCGCAAAAAUAUGCCCUUUUAUUAUCAAGCAUCCGUCACCCUCUUUGACAGCAUAAUAUCUGGCAAGGACGGCGACUUUGAGCGCUCAAACGCUAUUAUUAAUGAGUUUCUGUCGUCCGAGCAGUGCGAGACCAACACGAGAUCUGACAACGCUUUGAGAGGAAGACUACACAUUUCAAGUAUCGAGAAUAAAAUACAUCGAUUGGCAGAGAUUCAUUGCGAGCUUCAUGAGUAUGAAAAAGCUCUUCAGAUUAUACAAGUAGAACUUGAUACCAUGUCCGUGAAAAAGGGCCGGCCGUUUCGACGUUUGACCAUGGCCAUGGGAGAAGCCUACAUCGGCCUGGGCCAAUUUUAUGAUGCUGACUCAAUUCUCAAAGAGCUCAUCGCCGUCGAACCACCCGAGUUGGACGAUUUGAAUGAUCAAGUCCUCAAAAUGAGACGUCUAAUCCUCUCAGCGCGAAUCCAGCACGAACGCUGCGAUUUUGUCAGUGCUUUGCUGCUUUGGACUCAGGCUGGCCAACAAAUGCAGGGUCUCUCUACUUUUAGUUCCAGACAUGGGUGGAUAGCAGCCAUCAUUAAAUUAUCCAUGGCUCAUGCACAAAUAGCCAUGGGCGAUAGCGAGGCUGGGAGAAAAUCAUGGGACGCCGCUGUUGCAGUUGCUAUGAGGGAGCGAUUCGAAUUUGUGUUUCCGAUCCUUGCAACUACUUGGUUGCAGAAGAUUGUGGGGGAAAUUCACCAGGCCAAGGGAUGGCCUUUGAGGAUCAUGAUGCCAGGUGGGAAAUCUGAUCUUACGUGGCUGUGA